AUGGCAAGGACGCCGGCCUCGGACGACGACGACGAUGGCCCGCCCACCUACACCGUGGCACGCGGGACUCGCCGUGACCCCCGGCUCAAGGACCUCGGCAUCUCCUGCAUGCUCAACACGGAGGUGGCCGCGCUCCUCGCCGUCAUCCGCCGUCGCCCGGACCCCUACGCUUACCUCCCUCCGGCGGUCGCCGCUGCGGAAGAGGCCGUGUUCGCAGGCCUCAUCCAGUCCCUCAAGAGCCUCCGUGCCCUCCUCUUCCAGCCCCGCCACGGCGCGUGGCGCUGCUCCGACCCGUCCAUGUACCUGUCGCCGUUCCUCGACGUCGUGCAGAGCGAGGAGGUCCCGCCGGCGGCCACCGGCGUCGCCCUGUCGUCCGUGCUGAAGAUCCUGCGGAUCGACGUGUUCGACGAGUGCUCGCCGGGCGCCCGGGACGCGAUACAGGCCAUCCUGACCGCGGUCACCAACUGCCGCAUAGAGCGCAUCGCGGACGCCGGCGCCGAGGAGGCCGUGCUCCUGCGCGUGCUGCAGGUGCUCGCCGCGCUUCUCCGCGCCCGCGCCGCGCCUCUCCUUUCGGACAGCGCCGUGUGCACCGCAGUCAACACGUGCUUCCAGGUGGUGCAGCACGCGGCCAGCAGCCGCGGCAGCGAGCUCCUGCAGCGCACGGCUCGACACUGCAUGCACGAGAUCCUGCAGGCCGUCUUCGCCCGCCUGCCGGACAUCCGCGAGGAUGCUGAGGACGACAUGUCCGUCACCUCCGCGGCAGGCUUCGGCGCGCGGUGCAUGGUUGAUGUCUUCAACUUCCUCUGCUCGCUGCUCCUCAAUGCCCCCGACAUGGUGAUGACGCCCGAGGGGCACGGCGCGUUCACCUCCGAGGAGGACGUGCAGCUCUUCGCCCUGGUGCUGCUCAACUCGGCCGUGGAGCUCGGCGGCGAGGCCAUCGGCAAGCAUCCCAAGCUCUUGCGCCUCAUCCAGGAUGAUCUUUUCUACCACUUGAUCUACUACGCCACGGAGUGCAGCCCUCUGGUCCUCUCAAUGAUCUGCAGCACAGUUCUCAACCUGUACAACUUCUUGCGCAGGUUCCUCAAGCUCCAGCUGGAAGCGUUCUUCAUGUACGUGAUACUUCGAGUUGGCGGCGGUGCGAGCGGGCUGCAGCUGCAGGAGGUGGCGAUCGAGGGGCUCAUCAGCUUUUGCCGGCAGCCAACGUUCGUGAUCGAGAUGUACGUCAACUAUGACUGCGACCCGCUGAUGCGCAAUGUCUACGAGGAGGUGGGCAAGCUGCUGUGCAAGGCGGCGUACCCGCUGUCGAACCCGAUGACGACCGUUCAGCUCCAGGCGUUCGAGGGCCUCGUCAACAUGAUCACCACCAUCGCCGACAACGUGGAGGUCGAGAAGGCCCCGGACCAGGAGGCGUACAACGUGGAGAUCUCCGAGUACCGGUUGUUCUGGUUGGAGCGGUGGGACUCGAGCGAUGACCAUGGCCACGAGACCUGGGUGGACUUCGUCCGCAAGCGCAAGCUCAAGAAGAAGAAGGUGGCCAUCGCCGCCAACCACUACAACCGCGACGAGAAGAAGGGCGUCGAGUUCCUCAAGCUCUGCCACCUGGUGCCCACUCCGCCGGACGCCAAGAGCAUGGCCUACUUCCUGCGCUACUCGCCGGGCCUCGACAAGGUCAAGAUCGGGGAGUUCCUGGGCGACCCGGACGAGUUCAACCUCAAAGUGCUCAAGGAGUUCACCGACACCUUUGACUUCACCGGCUCCAUCCUCGACACCGCGCUCCGCACCUACCUGGAGACGUUCCGGCUGCCGGGAGAGUCGCAGAAGAUACAGCGCGUUCUGGAGCACUUCUCGGAGCGCUUCUACGAGCAGCAAACGCAGGAGGUGUUCGCGACAAAGGACGCGGCCUUCAUCCUCUGCUACUCCGUCAUCAUGCUCAACACCGACCUGCACAACCCCCAGGUGAAGAAGAAAAUGUCAGAGGAUGACUUCAUCAGGAACAACCGCGCCAUCAACUCCGGCAAGGACCUUCCCAGGGAGUACCUGUCCGAGCUCUUCCACUCCAUUGCGGUGAACGCCAUCACCAUGUUCAGCCAGGGCGCCACCAACGUGGAGAUGACCACCAGCCGGUGGGCAGACAUCGUGAAGCGGUCGCGCUCCAUCGAGCCCUUCACGCCCUGCGACUUCAAGCACAAGCUCAGCCGUGAGUUCCUGUCUCUCGACGGCUGUGGCGAGUCGCUGCUCUGCGUCGGCAACGAGUUCGAGAACAACCUCAAGAUCAUCCAGCAAUGCCAGAUCGGCAGCAUGUUCACGGAGAGCGGGAAGCUGCCUGACGAGUCGCUGCAGAACCUUGGGCGGGCGCUCAUCUUUGCGGCCGGUGGCAAGGGCCAGAAAUUCAGCACCCCGAUCGAGGAAGAGGAGACCGUGGGCUUCUGUUGGGAUCUCAUCUUGCUCGUCUCCCUGGCCAACCUUCAGCGCUUCGCCUCCUUCUGGCAGCACAUGCACGACUGCUUCACGGCCGUGUCCAUGCUGCCGCUCUUCUCGCCGUGCCCUUUCGCCGAGAAGGCCAUCGUUGUGCUCUUCAAGGUCGCCGUGAAGCUGCUCCCGGGACAGGCCACCCCCGACCGCCUCGCUGAGGAGCUCAUCUGCAAGUCCAUCAACCUCAUGUGGAAGCUUGACAAGGAGAUCCUCGACACGUGUUGCGAGGGCAUCUCCGAGUGCAUCGUGAAGCUCAUCAUGGAGCACGCCGGGAGCGUGCAGACGCCGCUCGGGUGGAAGACGCUGCUGCAUCUGCUGUCGGUCACCGGCCGCCACCCGGAGACCUUCGACCAGUCCGUCGCCGCCAUGAUCAAGCUGAUGAGCGACGGGGCGCACAUCUCGCGGUUCAACUACGCGGCCUGCAUCGAGGCGGCCUUCGGUUUCGCCGCGCUCAAGAUCAGCCCCCUCGAGAUUAGCACCAAGAUCCUCGAGCUGAUGGCCGAGUCCGUCAACUGGCUCGUGCAGUGGCACAAGUCUGGCUACUCUGACCCGGGGAGCAGCAGCAGCAACAGCUCGUCGUCGGUGGAGGACGCGUCGCGCAUGGGCAACCUGGCGACCAACAUGUUCAUCAAGCUGGCGGAGACGCUGCGCAAGACGAGCCUGGUGCGGCGGGAGGAGAUCCGCAACCAGGCCGUGACGGACCUCGGCCGGAGCUUCUCGCUGGCCGCCGCGGGGGACCUGGACUUCGGCCCUGCGGGCUGCCUGGCGUGCUUUAACCUCGUCAUCUUCGCCAUGGUGGACGACCUGCACGAGAAGACUCUCGAGUACUCCCGGCGAGAGGGCGCGGAGCGCGAGACGCGGAGCAUGGAGGGCACGCUCGCCGCGGCGACAGAGCUGCUGGCCGACGUCUUCGUGCUGUUCCUGGGGACGCUGGCGCAGGGGCCGGGCUUCCGGACGUUCUGGCUCGGCGUGCUGCGUCGGAUGGACACGUGCAUCAAGUCCGACCUGGCGGCCGGCGGCGGCGCCGGCGUGAUGCAGGAGCUGGUGCCUCGGAUGCUCAAGAGGAUGAUCGUCGAGAUGAAGAACAAGGAGGUGCUGGUGCAGAGAGAAGGAGAUGAGCUCUGGGAGAUCACCUACAUCCAGAUCCAGUGGAUUGCACCUGCCGUCAAGGAAGAGCUGUUCCCCGAGUAGUUAACUACCUACUAGUUCACCUCACAGAAUAAUGUUCCAACUUUGAAAGAACAGGAAAAUUAGAUUCAUACUGUACUUUUGUAGGGCUGAAUUACCUGUUAGCUUUGUCGUGUGUAGUUUCCAGUUUGACGGCUUA